AUGGCCACAGAAGAAACUGAGAUUAAAGAUGAGCGCUUGGGGACCCAGGAAGAGGGCGGUGACGAUGAGGUAAGAAUCCUGCCGAAGCUGCUUGAAGCUUUGAUUCGCACCCCAGAAGCUCCUCCCUCGUUUUCGAUACAAUGCAUUGCCUCUGAAGAAAUUGCGGCGAUGAAGAAACGGGUCGCGGAAAUGGAAUCCGAAGCUGCGAAACUACGCGAAAUGCAAGCCACCCUUGAUCAACAGUCCGAGAAUCUACGAGAGGAUAAAGAAGAGAUCGAUGCUCGGAGUAUCUUCGUAGGAAAUGUGGACUACGGAGCUUCUCCCGAGGAAAUCCAAGCGCACUUCCAGAGCUGCGGCUCGAUAAACCGUGUCACUAUCCUGCUGGAUAAAUUCACGGGUCAGCCUAAGGGGUACGCUUAUGUAGAGUUCGCAGAGCCAAGCUUGGUGGCCCAGGCCCUUGUUCUGAACGAAAGUGUGUUCCGCGGCCGGAACCUGAAGGUUGUCCCCAAACGGACGAAUGUUCCUGGCAUGAGUCGCGGCCGCGGCCGGGGCGGCUUCCGGGGACGAGGACACUUCCGUGGAGGAUACCCCCCUCGUGGAGGCUACCGCGGCGGCUACCGUGGCCGGGGUUUCCCUGAUCCUUUCGCUGUGGCCACUGUCGGCGGUGAGCAGACUCACACGACGUCGGUGAUCAAGAAGACGUUGAACCCGUAUUGGAAUGAGAUGUUUGACCUACGAGUCAACGAAGACAGCAUUCUUGCGAUCCAGAUAUUCGACCAGAAGAAGUUUAAAAAAAAGGACCAAGGAUUCCUCGGCGUCAUUAAUGUCCGUAUCGGAGAUGUGAUAGAUUUACAAAUGGGUGGUGAUGAAAUGCUCACGAGAGAUUUGAAAAAGUCCAAUGAUAAUCUUGUCGUUCACGGAAAACUAAUCAUCAACCUGUCCACCAAUCUCAGCACGCCCAACACCAAUCAAGCCAAUGGUAUGCAUCGAUCACAUCUUCAGUCGUCGACGUCUAGUGGCCUUGUUCCACAGGUUGCACCCUCGACUUCCUCCGCUCCAAGCCAGGUCGAUUCUCCAUCCGCUGUGUCGAAUCCAUCUCUCAACCCUCAACGCGUCCCGUCGACCGCCCGACCUUCCAGCACGGUGAUUCCUGCCAACGGAGCUGCAACACUUCCCAACGGUCAACACGGCUCUCGCACAAACCUGAGUUCUUUCGAAGAUAGCCAAGGACGACUGCCGGCCGGCUGGGAGCGGCGGGAGGAUAACCUGGGGAGAACCUACUAUGUCGAUCACAACACGAGAACCACCACCUGGACUCGGCCCUCGGCAAAUUACAACGAGCAUACACAGCGCACUCAGCGUGAGGCUAAUAUGCAGCUGGAACGAAGGGCUCAUCAGAGCCGAAUGCUGCCAGAGGACCGAACUGGGGCCAGCUCUCCAAAUUUGCAAGAUAACCAGGCGCAACCUCAGCCGCCACAGGCUUCCACCCCGCCAACUGGCGGUGGUGGCGGCGUGAACGCUGUGUCCAUGAUGGCCACGGGAGCUACCACUGCAGGCACUGGCGAGCUUCCGCCAGGAUGGGAGCAGCGGAAUACCCCCGAGGGGCGGCCAUACUUUGUCGACCAUAAUACCCGAACCACGACGUGGGUGGACCCCCGCCGACAGCAGUACAUUCGGAUGUACGGCCAGAAUGCCAACGGCAACAACACAACCAUCCAGCAGCAACCGGUUUCUCAACUGGGACCGCUACCUAGUGGCUGGGAAAUGCGCUUAACGAACACGGCCCGUGUCUACUUCGUUGACCACAACACCAAGACGACUACUUGGGAUGAUCCCCGUCUUCCGUCGUCGCUGGACCAGGGUGUCCCCCAGUACAAGCGUGACUUUAGGCGCAAGUUGAUCUACUUCCGGUCGCAACCCGCCUUGCGAAUCAUGUCCGGCCAGUGUCAUGUUAAGGUGCGCCGCAACAACAUCUUCGAAGACUCCUAUGCGGAGAUCAUGCGACAGAGCGCUUCGGAUUUGAAGAAGCGUUUAAUGAUCAAGUUCGAUGGCGAGGACGGCCUGGACUAUGGCGGUCUUUCUCGUGAAUUCUUCUUCCUCCUUUCUCAUGAAAUGUUCAACCCGUUCUAUUGUCUUUUCGAGUAUUCAGCACAUGAUAACUAUACCCUGCAAAUUAAUCCCCAUUCGGGUGUUAACCCGGAACAUUUGAACUACUUCAGGUUCAUCGGACGCGUCGUUGGAUUGGCCAUCUUCCAUCGUCGUUUCCUCGAUUCUUUCUUCAUUGGAGCUUUCUACAAGAUGAUGCUACGCAAGAAGGUCUCGCUGCAGGACAUGGAAGGUGUCGACGAGGAUGUGCACCGGAAUUUGGCAUGGACGUUAGAUAACGAUAUCGAGGGAAUCAUCGAACUGACCUUCUCUGUGGAUGACGAGAAAUUCGGAGAGCGUCGCACUAUUGACCUGAAGCCGGGCGGUCGUGAUAUACCCGUUACGAACGAGAACAAGCACGAAUACGUCGAGUUGGUGACGGAAUGGAAGAUUGUAAAGCGGGUUGAGGAGCAAUUCAAUGCCUUUAUGUCGGGCUUCAACGAGCUGAUCCCGGCGGAUCUGGUUAACGUGUUUGAUGAACGCGAGCUCGAGCUGUUGAUCGGAGGUAUUGCAGAUAUUGAUGUGGACGAUUGGAAGAAGCACACCGACUAUCGCGGCUACCAGGAGCAGGAUGAGGUGAUCCAGAACUUCUGGAAGAUCGUGCGUUCCUGGGAUGCGGAACAGAAGUCUCGGCUGCUGCAGUUCACCACGGGUACUUCACGGAUUCCGGUCAACGGCUUCAAGGAUCUGCAGGGGUCUGACGGACCGAGACGGUUCACAAUUGAGAAAUCGGGUGAUCCGGUGGCGCUGCCGAAGUCGCACACAUGUUUCAAUCGUCUGGAUCUUCCACCGUACAAGACGCAUGACGCGUUGGAGCACAAGUUGUCUAUCGCAGUGGAGGAAACCUUAGGAUUCGGCCAGGAGUAG